AUGGUCUCUCGCUCGGUACCCACACUCUGCCCAGUAGCCAUUAACAGUAGGUUGCCAUGUGCGGUUCGCUGCCGUUGCCAAUCGGACAGUCAGUUGCUGAACGCGGAUAGCCUGCCGCCGGUGACUGCAGAAGACCUGUUGGGCAGCAGACGAACGGUAACCUUACAUCACUUCACCGAAUGGCUGUACGGUUCUGGGGAUUUCAGAAUUCCCGUGCCACUAAUUGAGACAUUUCACCUACCAAUUCCAGGCCGGGGAGACGCCGAAUGUCGGUACCAAGAAAGCGGACAUGAGCAAGAAGAACGGUUCGACUCCCUCCUGAGGCGGCAUUCACAAUCUCGCAACCGCCUGUAUUCUCAACGGCGGCAGUCGGACUCCCGGGUCUCUAUCGAGAUGAACAGGCAGAUAGGUCUGAGACGAUGCGCUUCAUGGAGCACACAUCUCACGGAAUGGACCAUCCAGCUCCAACCUUCCUUCCACGAGUGUUCGACAUCGUGUCGGGUCUUUAAAAUUCCGCCCGAGGAUCUAAGCAAUCGAUCAGGAGCAAUCGCUCAGGCGACGCGACGAAUUGACUCCCGUUUGGUAAGAGCCUCUUCUGCACAAUCCAUUGACCGGACGGUGGCAAACGAAAACUUGACUGCUUCCAGUAUAAACUUCCCCUACUUGGGACAACCAUCGAUAAACGUUACAACGGUCUGCGAAAGCAACUCCAAUGGACGAGGUAGACGCUUCGAGUCGUUGUUAAAAGCGGGGCGACAUUUUCGAAAAGGACUACAAAGACUGUGUUGCCAAUGUAUUUGUGUUUGUAUUUAUAUCCAAAAAUGA